AGACUCGUAGCCUACGUCACAGGCAGCUGACUCAAGCCGGAAAUCUAUUACAACAAGACAUCUUCCUAAAAUAAGCUGAAAUAUUUCGUGUUUUCGUCUGAUUUCGAAUGGAAUCGACCUUAGAGCAACACCUUGAUGACACCAUGAAGAAUCCAGCAGUGGUUGGUGUGCUUUGUACGGAUCAGCAAGGACACAAUCUGGGCUGCCGAGGCUCCCUGUCAGAUGAGCAUGGAGGUGUUGUGUCAGUUUUGGCCAAACAAGCUGCAGCUCUCACCAGAGACCCCACAGACACUCCUACUGUGUGUCUGGAGUCUGACUCAGGGAACAUUCUGGUGAGGAGUCAUGGGACCGUCACAAUUGCUGUUCAUAAAAUUGCCUCUUAAAAAGACCUUGGCCAACGAGACAAGAAACAUAUGUACAGAUAAACACAUUGGACUCAUGCCAGUUACAUGAAAAUACUACAGUGUGUC